AUGGGAUGUGGCGGGGUCGCUAUCUUCGCCAGUACACCCCCCGCAAUCUGGAAUCACGACACCGAAUAUAAUUAUCGUCCGGAUCCGAAUUUUUAUUACCUUACGGGGUUUGAAGAACCGGAAUCGAUCUGUGUCAUCGCGCCCGAUCAUCCGAAACAUCAGUAUAUCCUGUUCGUUCGUCCGAAAGAUAAGCAGGCGGAAAUCUGGAACGGUAAACGCGUUGGCGUUAAGGACGCUCGUCAACGCUACGGGGCAGAUAAAGCCUAUCCGAUAGAGAAAUUCAGUGAGAAAAUCGGGAAAUACCUACAAGGUGCCGAACGACUUUACUAUACCCUCGGUUCCAAUCAGGAUGUUGAUGCCGAAAUCCUCGCGCGCUUCUCGCAGUCCGUCAGGUCACGAAUUCGCUCUGGGAAGGGAUUUGAUACGCUUGUUGAUCCGAGCCCUAUUCUCAGCGAACUGCGGUUAAUCAAAAAUGAGACCGAACUGCAGCGCACCCGACUGGCGACGGAGAUUACCGUAGCCGGUCACGUCGCCGCGAUGAAGGCGGUUCGCCCGGGGCUGUAUGAAUACGAACUGGAGGCUCUCGUUGAAUCCACCUUCCGCAUGAACGGUGCGAACGGUAUAGCCUUUCCUACUAUCGUUGCGAGUGGCGGAAACGCGACGACGCUCCACUAUACAACAAAUGACUGCCGGAUUGAAGACGAAACGCUUGUCCUCAUUGACGCAGGCGCAGAAUAUGGUCGGUACUCGGGUGAUGUGACCCGUACCUUCCCUGCAAACGGCACCUUCACUCAAGCGCAAAGAGAAAUCUAUCAGAUUGUUCUUGAAGCGCACUAUGCCAUUAUUGAUUCUAUCCGUCCUGGAGUUUCUAUUAACGAACCACACCAAAAAUCGAUUGAGUUAUUGACAGAAGGCAUGCUCAGUCUCGGCCUUCUCAAGGGGAAAGCAAAGAAAUUGAUAAAGAAAGAGGCAUAUCGGCAGUUUUACAUGUACCGAGUCGGACACAUGCUCGGUUUAGAUGUACACGAUGUCAAUUGCGUCCACGAACCCAACGGCGAUUUCAAAACCUUCCAACCCGGAAUGGUGAUGACAAUUGAACCGGGACUCUACGUCGCUGAUGACACGAAAGAUGUCCCACCGGCGUACCUCGGCAUCGGUGUCCGCAUAGAGGACGAUAUCCUCAUCACUGAGACCGGUUGUGAAGUGCUGACGGAUGGUGUCCCGAAAGAGAUUGAUGAAGUCGAAGCACUUGUACAAGGGGCAAAGUAG